AAUGGUUUCUCACUCCAAUUUUGCAUUCUGUAAGAAUGUAUUUUAACUUUUCAACCAUCAUACAGAGGCUCUCGAAGCCAAUUUCAUUCUUUGGGAUCAAAUUAUGGAUUGUAAUUCUCACAUGCAUUGUUCUUUUCGUCCUUGUCUCUUCUCUCUGUAUCAUUAAAACCAGGCAGCGCCGCCGCCGUAAAGCACGUAAGGCCUUGAAGCCAUUGGUUACGAAAGAAAGUUUAUUGACACAUAACCGAUGGGAGAUUGAAAUGGGCAUGAGAAGUAUCCCUGCAAAACAAGUGAAAUUUUCUACUAGUAGAGCAACUAGGCCUAGUUACCAAUUUACAUUGACAGAGAUUGAAGCAGCAACAAAUGACUUUGCUGAAGAAAACGUAGUUGCUUGUGGAGAUUAUGCCAUUAUUUAUCAUGGUAUCAUGUUUGGCAAUACUAGAGUAGCAAUAAAGCGGUUGCUCAGUAGCAGGGCUAAAGCCAAGGAAUUUACAGGGGAGGUGGAGGUAUUAUUGGGACUCAGACACAAAAACUUGGUGAAAUUGAUUGGUUAUUGUUUUGAAGGAUACUACAGGAUAAUCGUGGACGAGUACGUAGACAAUGGAAAUCUAGAGCACUGGCUUCAUGGCUGCAUCAGUGAUGUUAGCCCCUUAACAUGGAAUAUUCGGAUGAACAUUGUGCUUGGAAUUGCAAAAGGUUUGGCUUAUCUUCAUGAGGAUACUGAACCAGCUGCUAUAAUACAUCAACACCUAAAGUCAAGUAGCAUAUUGCUUGAUAAGCAUUGGAAUCCAAAGAUUUCUGAUUUUGGUAUCACCAAUCUCUUAGGUUCUGAUGAAAGUAGUAAUUACCCAAUAACAUCCCCACCUGGAAUGUCAGGCUAUCUUGCACCAGAAUAUUUAUCCACUGGAAUUUUAGACGAUAAGAGCGAUGUUUACAGCUUUGGCAUACUUAUCAUGGAGAUUGUAUCUGGAAAACCUCCCACAGAGUGUACUACCACAGAAAUUGAGGAGUAUUUAAUUGACUGGAUGAAAUCAAUGGUGGCAAGCCAACAAUACGAUCAAAUAGUGGAUCCAAAGCUACCAGAAAUGCCUUGUAUGAAAGAACUGAAAAUAAUUCUGCUCAUUGCUCUUAGAUGUGUUGAUCCAAAUGUUAACAGCAGGCCUAAAAUGGGACAAGUGAUCCACAUGCUGCAGCCGCGCGAUUUACUACUCAGCGAUGUAAACGUCACUCCUCUGCUUCAUCAUAACUUCAAAAGCAUUAAUAAAAAAGAAUGCGUUUAAUCUUUA